UUGAAUCUUGAGUCUAGACUUCUCUUACCCGGGGAAAACUUGCCUCAUAUAUUCAGUGUGGUCACGGUGCGUGUUAAAAGGUGUGCAUAUACACCAGUCAUGGAGAGCAAGUUGACGGGUUCACAGAUCAGAAAUCUGUUUGUGGAUUUCUUCAAGGAGAAGGAACACGUCUAUGUACAUUCCUCCUCAGUUGUUCCCCUUGAUGACCCGACUCUUCUGUUUACAAAUGCCGGAAUGAAUCAGUUCAAGCCGAUCUUUUUGGAGAUCGUAGAUCCCAAUAGUGACAUGGCUAAGUAUGUGAGAGCUGCCAACUCCCAGAAGUGCAUCAGAGCGGGGGGAAAACACAACGAUCUGGACGACGUAGGAAAAGACGUCUAUCAUCACACCUUCUUUGAAAUGUUGGGAAAUUGGUCGUUUGGAGAUUACUUCAAGACUGAAUGUUGUACAUGGGCCUGGGAGUUUUUGACUGAGAGAGUUGGCCUUCCUAAAGAUCGCCUGUAUGUCACAUACUUUGGUGGAAAUGAAAAGUUUGGACUGCAGCCAGAUGAAGACACCAAGAAUAUUUGGCUCAACUUAGGGGUCCCCCCGGAGCGCGUGUUACCGUUUGGGAUGAAGGACAACUUCUGGGAGAUGGGGGAGACCGGACCCUGUGGUCCAUGUACAGAGAUUCACUAUGACAAGGUCGGAGGUCGUGAUGCCAAAGAACUUGUUAAUAUGGAUGACCCUGAGGUCAUCGAAAUCUGGAAUCUUGUGUUCAUACAGUUUAACAGAGAAUCGGAGACAGAACUGAAUGAGUUACCAAGGAAACACUGCGACUGUGGAAUGGGGCUGGAACGUCUCGUGUGUGUGAUGCAGGGAAAAACAUCCAACUACGACACAGAUCUAUUUACUCCAUACUUUGACUUCAUACAAAAAGCAACAAAUUCUCCACCAUACCAAGGGCGUGUUGGAAAAUCUGAUGUGGACGGAGUGGACAUGGCUUACAGAGUGUUAGCUGAUCAUGCUCGGACACUGACCAUAGCUCUGGCCGAUGGGGGACGACCGGAUAACAUGGGGCGAGGUUAUGUAUUGAGGAGAAUUCUGAGGCGUGCUGUGAGAUACGGCUCAGAAAAACUGAAUGCCAAACCUGGGAUGUUUGCCUCGUUAGUGGAUGUGGUUGUGGAAUCUCUAGGAGAUGCUUUUCCGGAACUGAAAAAAGAUCCAGAUAUGAUUAAGGACAUCAUUAACGAGGAGGAAGCCCAGUUUCUGAAGACAUUAAACAGAGGUCGAAGGUUACUGGAGAGGACGAUUGGCAAAUUAGGGGACACAACUUCUCUACCAGGUGACAUUGCGUGGAGGUUAUACGACACGUAUGGAUUCCCCGUGGAUCUGACAGAGCUUAUGGCGGAAGAGAAGGGUCUCCAGGUCGACAUGCCGGCCUACGAAGCCGCCAAAACAGAGGCUCAGAAAUUGUCCCAGGGGUCGGGAGGAACAGUAGCUGAUCUGAUUGGUCUGGACGUCCACGCGAUCAGUGACCUCCAGAACAGGGGGAUUCCCACCACCGACGACGCCCCCAAGUACCGAUACCAGGCCACAGAGAGCGGCAAAUACACAUUUGAACCAGCUACCGGUAAAGUGCUGGCCCUGCGUAAGAACAAGGAGUUUGUAGAGGAGGUGUCCUCAGGACAGGAGUGUGGGGUGUUACUGGACAGGACCAGCUUCUACGCUGAGCAGGGGGGUCAGAUCUACGACACGGGAUUCAUGGUCAAAGAGAAUGAUCCAGAUGUGGAGUUUAGUGUGAGGAAUGUCCAGGUCAGGGCAGGUUACAUCUUACACACAGGUGUAGUCGAGGGGACGCUCAGAGUGGGGGACACAGUACAACUCAACAUAGACGAGGAGAGGAGGUGUUCUGUAAUGAAGAAUCACACAGGAACACACAUGCUGAACUUUGGACUCCGAGAAAUACUCAAGGAGGCGGACCAGAGGGGCUCGCUGGUGGCUCCUGACAGGCUCAGGUUCGACUUCUCUGCCAAGGGUGCAAUGAAAGUCUCAGAAGUCAAACAGGUGGAGGAGAUUGUCAACAAAAUGGCCGACAAAAACGGAGAGGUGUUUGACAUGAAUGUCAGUCUGGCUGUUGCCAAGGCGAUACAGGGACUGAGAGCUGUGUUUGAUGAGGUGUAUCCAGACCCUGUCCGUGUUGUGUCUGUGGGGGUAGACAUUCAGAAUCUGGUGGACGACCCCAUGGGUCCCGGAGCCUCACUCACCUCCGUGGAAUUCUGCGGGGGAACACAUUUGAAGAGAGCUGGACAUAUAGGGAGGAUGGUGAUCGUGUCAGAGGAGGCCAUUGCUAAGGGAAUCAGGAGGAUUAUCGCUCUUACUGGACCUGAGGCCGUCAAGGCAUUACAUAAGGCUGCUCUGUUAGAGAAGUCACUGUCACAGCUACAAACUGAGGUAGAGGAGGGGCUGAAAUCUAAAUCUGUCUCAGAGAAAGAGCUCACACGACAAAUUGUGGCAUUUGAUGAUGAAGUUUCCCAGUCUGUGAUAUCUUAUUGGAAAAAAGAUGAGCUGCGAUCUCAGGUGAAAAAACUCAAACAGAAGAUGGACGAUCUGGAUAAAAACAGGAAGGCUGCCAUAAUGAACGAGGUGGUAGAGGAGGCAAAGAAGAUGAUUGAGAGCAACCCUAACCAGAAAUUUGUUGUCCAUGAAUUCAAAGCUGAUGCCAAUGCCAAGGCCCUGGAUGCUGCAAUGAAGCAAUACAAAGCACUGAGUCCAGAAACUGCUGCUCUCUUCUUCACGGUGGAUCAGAACGCUGGGAAAAUUGUCUGCAUGAGCUGUACCCCAAAGUCAAGUAUAGCUGCGGGUUUGACUGCUAAUGGCUGGGUAAAUGAAGUUGUUCCCCUUAUCAAGGGUAAAGGAGGGGGUAAAGAGGCCUCAGCUCAGGCCACAGGGACCAAUACAGGGGCCCUCAGGGAAGCCAUCAACAUCGCCACCAAGUUCGCAGAACUUAAACUGUCUUGAUGAAGGAUUGUGGGAUAGAUCUGAUAAAGGAAUCAUGGGAUAGAUCAUCUGGAUAUUGUACAUCAACAUAAGGACUCAACCUUUGGGCAUUUGUUUAGAUCAUUUAUGCAUAUUUAAUACAAAUACAUAAUUCAUUUGGACUUGCUAAUUACAACAGCUUUCUUAAAGGAAGAAUAUAUCAAGUGUGAGAAAUACAAGUAUUCGAUGACAAUAUGUAUGUACAGCAUAUUAUAAAUUUCACAAAAUAUCCUUUUAAUGUAAGUUCCUAUAUGACUAAGUAUUUGUCUCCACAAAUAGGCAGGUCUAAAACAAAUGAUACAGUAAACCUCUUUUUAUUAGUGAGCAAGAAAUAUCUGCAAGUCUCACAACCCUUUUCGAUUGCAAAUUUUCCUCCUGGCAAACAAUUUUUUCAUAUGCAAAAUGUUGUUUAGUCAAGGAAAUAAGUCGUUGCAGAUGGAUUUCAAACUCAGGUAAAAAGAAUAAAAGAUGUUGGUUUACAGUAUACAAAUAAGUAAUAACAGAUGUAUAUUCUCUCAAAACUAAGAAAGGAUUUGUGGCAAUACUUUUAUUUAUUUACUGUGAAAAAAAAUCAUGCAUAUCUGUUGAAUGGAUGAACAAUAAAUGUAAAAAAAAUAAAAUUAUAAACCUUAAA